AUGCGCAUGCGCAAAUUGGCUGCAGCCAUUUUCUAGCAUUCACCACGAGGUGUAGAUGGCAACCUCGUAGAAUUUCACGAAAUAUCGUUUAUUUCGACUUAGAAAGUGACUUAGGUGAAUCUGUCUGAACCAUGCCUUCUUCGAGCCCUCUUCCUCCCAAGGAGAAUGCUCUCUUCAAGAGAAUAUUGAAAUGCUAUGAACAGAAGCAGUACAAGAAUGGACUCAAAUUUUCCAAGCAGAUUCUAUCGAAUCCAAAGUUUGCUGAACAUGGAGAAACACUUUCCAUGAAAGGCCUCAUUCUGAACUGCCUAGGCAAGAAAGAAGAAGCAAUGGAGUUGGUGAAGAGAGGACUUCGUAACGAUCUCCGAAGUCAUGUCUGCUGGCAUGUAUUUGGUUUGAUACAGAGAGCAGAGAGGAAGUAUGAUGAGGCUAUCAAAGCCUACAGGAAUGCACUCAAAUGGGACAAGGAGAAUCUUCAAAUUCUACGAGACUUGUCAUUGCUUCAGAUUCAGAUGAGAGAUCUAGAAGGGUACAAGGAUACGAGAUAUGAGUUACUUCACUUGCGACCAGCACAGAGGGCAUCCUGGAUCGGUUAUGCCAUGGCCUUUCAUCUCCUCAAAGAUUACGACACCGCACUCAAUGUGUUGGAGGAAUUCAGGAAAACCCAACAGGUGAAGUCAUACGACUAUGAACACAGCGAGUUCCUCCUCUACAUGAAUCAAGUGAUGAGGGAAGCUGGGAUGCAUGAAGAAGCUCUUAACCAUCUCAUUCAGUACCAACAACAGAUAUGUGAUCAAGUUUGCCUUCAAGAAACAAAAGCUGAUCUGUUAUUAAAGCUUGGCAAACCAGACGAAGCAAGGCAGAUCUUUGAGCAUCUGCUGGAGAGGAAUCCUGAGAACUGGGCGUACUAUGAGGGCUUGGAGCAAAGCACCAACCCACAGACUGAGGCUGAGAGAUUAGCCAUCUACACCGCGUACAUGGGGAAGUAUCCUAGAGCGGCAGCACCCAAGAGGUUACCCCUCAAAUUUGUGACAGGGGAAUCAUUUGACAGGAUGCUGGAUGAAUACUUGAGGAAGAUGUUCAGGAAAGGAGUGCCUCCAGCCUUCACCAGUCUGAGAGGAAUGUACAAAGACCCUGCUAAGGUUGCUGCAAUAGAGAGGAUGGCGUUGAGCUACAGGGAAUGCCUCGACUCCAUAGGAAGGUUUAGUAAAGAAGACCCUACCGACGUGGAACGUGAACCACCAACAGUACUGCUAUGGACGUUAUACUUUCUUGCUCAGCACUAUGACCACUUAGGUAACCUGGACAAGGCUUUUGAAUUCAUCAACAGGGCCAUCGAACACACACCUACUCUCAUAGAACUCUUCAUUGCUAAAGGCAAAAUCUACAAGCAUGCGAGAGAUUCCAAGAAGGCGGUAGAAUGUCUAGAUGAGGCCCAGUCACUGGACACAGCUGACCGCUAUGUCAACUAUAAAUGUGCUAAGUACAUGCUGAGAGCUAACAUGGUCAAGCAGGGAGAGGAGAUGUGUAGCAAAUUCACAAGGGAGGGUGUUCCGGCCGUUGAAAAUCUGAAUGAAAUGCAAUGCAUGUGGUUCCAAACCGAGUGUGCUCUCAGCUACCAGAGACAGGGCAUGUACGGCGAGUCACUCAAGAAAUGCCUUGAAGUCGACAGGCAUUUUACUGAAAUCAUUGAAGACCAGUUUGACUUCCAUUCAUACUGUAUGAGGAAGAUGACGUUACGAGCCUACCUCAAUCUCUUGAGGUUAGAGGAUGUUCUAAGGAAUCAUAGGUUCUACUUCAAAUGUGCAAAGAUAGCAAUAGAGGUGUACAUCAGGUUACACGACAAGCCCCUGGCGGACUCCGAUGCAGCGGACGACAUUGACACGGCCAACCUCACCCCCAAGGAGCUGAAGAAGCUUCGGAGUAAGCAGAGGAGAGCGCAGAAGAAGGCACAACAGCAGAAAGAGGAGGAGGAAAGGAACAAAGCCCAUGAGAAGCAAGGCAAGAACAAGCACGACCCUGACCUUGAUGGGCCCAAGGAGGAGGAACUGGUGCCGGAGAAACUUGCAAGGAUUGAAGACCCCCUGGAACAAGCCAUCUAUUUCUUGAAGCCAUUACAAACCUUAGCAGGGGACGUCAUAGGCACACACCUUAUGGCUUUUGAGAUCUACUACAGAAAAGAUAAGCUGCUUCUAAUGCUCCAAUCGAUCAAGAGGGCUCGUGCUGUGGACAGUUCUAAUCCCAAGCUACAUGAGUGUAUAGUCAAGUUCUGUAAAAAGGUGAAUGAGAGGAUAGAGCAGCAGCCUGAAGCUGUCCGAACCGUCCUAGAGCAAGAAGUGAAACUCCUACUUGGCGAUAAAGACAUUGCACAAUACAACAAGUUCUUCACUGAUUCUAACCUUUCAUCCCAUCCUCACAGAAUAUCAGGCGCCCUCGGUAUGUACUUCCUUGACCCUUCCAAGAAGGAUGAAGCAAUCUCAUUAGCUACUCACCUAGGAAACACCCUCACGGACAGGACUAUUCAGAAUGGCAUCCGAGUUCUAGAGCUUCUGCAAUCGGACUUGAAAUGUGAAUCGAUGGCUUCAGAGUACAAGGCCCGAUGCCAUGAACUCUUCCCCUAUGCAACCGCUUUCCAGCCGCCAACGAUGAACCACACCAUGGAGAACAAUGACGACGACGCCGAGGAGGAGGACGAGAAGACGACCCCAACUCAAACGAUGCCUCGCCCAUAUCCAACGACAUCUCCCCGACAUCAAAUGAUAUCGAGCUCUCCUGCAACUCAACGGGGGAUAACUGAGGUUUGAUUUCCCUGCUGCCAGGUUUCUUCAAGUAUUUCCAGGAAGUGCGAGAAAGAGGCGAUGUUCAAGUGUCAUGUAUCAUGACUUCUGGAGUAGCAUCUGUUAGUGCUUCAGUGGAAUUUUGAUGGCGUUGUACUCCGAGGCCAGAUGGUCAAACUUUGCAAAGUUUUGAGGGUCUUAAUGAUGCCAUGCAAUACUGAGAGAACUCUUUAUCCUGGUUAGGGUUAGAGUGGACACAAUCAUUAAAUUUCCCCAAUCCCCCCCCCCCCCAGAUCUAAGCCACAGACAAUACAAUGAUAGGGUAAAUUGGAGUUGGAGAUAUCUUGAGAUGUCCAAUGUUUGUGUUAUUUGUGUGUAUUAUGAAAUCCAAGUCUCCUGUUACUUCAGCUCUUGUUGAUGAGCAGUAUUUCCACUUUGCUGGAGCAGUACCAGAGUGUCCAAAAUUGCAAUGUACAUGGUCAAAUGAGGGCAACUCAUAACUUUAGGAUUCCAAGUAGGUAACAUGUUUUCCAGAGCGAAGUCCCUGGUAGCAUUGACUGUAAUGACUCUACUAUUAUCUAUGAAUGAAUAGUCUUCUCACUGAUGUUAGAGCACAAUUUUUGUGUUGUUAGACUUUAAAUGUGGAAUAAUUUGAAAUAUUCAGUUGAUAUGUUAUCAGUUUUCAAAUAAUCCAUUCCUUGCAAUGUGCGAGUACGUUAUUUUCACUUGAACAGUUUUAAUUGUAGUGGAAUACAUAGUCAUUGCUUUGAUCUGUUACAAGUAUGAGGUACGUAGUGGUUGCCAGUGAAAUAUCCCAUUAUAGAGAUCUUUUCAACUCUCCAAGUUGCAGCUGAAAGAAGUACAAGAUGGUGAAUCACUAUAUACCUUUCUUAAAGCCAUGUCAUCUUGACUAUUCUCAUUUAUCAAGCACAUAUCAAGAGAUUUGUUAGUCAGUGUUAACCGGUAACGUUGGACCUCUGUCUUAAUGAAACCAACUUUAUUGGGGUGUUCAAACUGGAACUCGUAGUUAUGACUCUACACUUUAAAAAUACAAGUAAGCCAAAAUUGAACAGAUCAGCACAAACAUUAUAUAAAGAAUCAAAGAUUUGACCAUUUUUGUCAGUGAUCAGUAAAUUGUCAAUAAUUUCUUAGCUUGUGUUUUGCUGCUUAAUUUUCUAAAUGUUGACUAAAAGGUUAAGAAAAGAAAUAAAGAGAUGCACAAAAUCUUUGAAUUAAGAGCUAUUUGCCAGUUGAUGGUAAUAUGAACUGUUACCUUGCAUAGGCAAUUUAUAGACUUCGCCAAUUAAUUAUCAUCCAGAAGAUUAACGAUAAGCAGCCUUUUGCUAUAUAAUAUGGAGACAUUGCAGGAAUUGUAUUUAUUUGAAAAAUUUAACUAAUUUAUAGAUAUAUCCUUUUGCAUACUUUGUAUGGCACUCUUUAUUUCCCCCAAUUUUCUUUGUAUUAUUGUGUCUGUUUUGUUGUUGAAAUGUUAAGUUUUACUCUAGGUUGGAUGCUGCCUGAAAGAGAAUGGUAUAAUUAUUAGGGGGGGGGGGUUAUCUGGAGAGAAUAAAAUAAGCUAAAUGUUAUGUUUUCUAUAAAUACAUCUGUCACCGGGCUGCAUAUAGCCAUCUAUCUUAUCUGGUAAAGAUAUCGGUUGACCUCCAAAGUACACGAACCCAUUCUCAUUAGUAAUUUAAUACCUGAUAUUUUAUUGACAAAAGCUAUUUCAGCAAGCAAUAAGUAUGUCUUGUAUCAACUAUGACUAAGACAUUUCAAAGAUUUUCUCCUUAAAUUAACUAAAAAGAAAUCUAGAAAAGAGGAAAAGUUAUGCACUUCUUUAUUUCUUUUCAAUGACUGGGGGGGGGGGGGUGCAAUUGUGAAGAAAUAUCACUGCUAUUGCUCAUUUCAGAUUAUCUACUAAAGAUUUUUUGUUUAGUUCGUAGGCAAUUUGAUAGGUAUUCGAUCUUUGUGUUCCCUCUGCAAGCUAAGAGAGGGAGAUUUGCCAUAGAUUAUUCUCUGUGAUACUAAAGAAGGAAACGCAAAGUGAUUGAUCAAUUAAAAUCGUUAAUUGAUGCAUUUAGUACUUCCAUGCUCUUGUUUUCUCUCACGUUUGUUCGUCGGUCCACAGGAGUUCAGAAAAUGAAGAAAAGUAAAUGACUUUUGUUCUUUAUUUAUUGUUAUUUUUUAAUACGGGAAAGGAAUGGAGUUGGAAUUUUUGUACACUUAUUUGCGGUCCUAUUUCACAGGGCUGUCUGUGUGUUGACUAUAAGAUGGAGAAUAAUUUCUGACAUCUAAGAAAAUUCAAUUUUGCAGUUUGUUAGCAGGAAUUCUUAAAAAAUGAAAUGGUUGUGUUUUUUUUUCAAUAUUAUAUUGUACAUGAGAGAAUGUAGCUAUGACGAAAAUACAAUUUCUGAUAAAAAUCACUGA